AUGGAUGAGGUUGUUGAGAAGGCAUACGAAGAAGCGCUUAACGCAGCUCUCUAUUACCUCCCAUUGCUUACACAUCACGAUCUUGCAAGGGGACACGUUGAGCUAUAUCCAAACAAAUAUUUCCUUCCGAAAGAUGUCAUUGUGAGACUGAAGGAAGUCGUCAUGCGUACUCAGGCAGACAAUAUCAUUUCUGAAACAUGUUUAGCACCCUUUGCUUCGGAUGAGGUUGCAAGCAGUACUGAAAAGGAGCAUGAGCAUUCUGUGUGGAUCGUCUCGCGAUUCAUGGGAGAAUUUUGUGAGCUCAGCCUUGUUGAAACGCCAAUUUUGUAA